UUCUCCCCGAGCCGGCGAUGCCGCCGCCGGCGGCGGCGACGGGAGGGGUGCCUCGUUCGGAGAAGAGACCCCGCGACCUCGAAGAAGACUCCGGGGCUGAGUCCGGCUCCGGAUCGGACUCCGACGGCGACUUCGUCAGCGAUUUGAGGGAGAUCGCGUGCCUGCUGCGGCUGAUCAAGGGCGGGGCCAACAAGGACGGCCAGAAGAUGUGCGAGCAGAUCGUCGCCAGUGUUGCAGCUGAUAUUCAGAAUAUGCUAGAAGAUACGAAGUUGAUGUUUGAGAUAGAAAGACAGAAUUUUCUUAAAGUAUUGUCAAACACUUCCAAAGAGUGUGACAGUUCAUUGAACAAAGAGUACAUCAAAUUUCAAGAAACAUAUGAAAUAUUCUGUCAACAAAAAGAUGCACACGUACAGGCAUUCAGAGACCUGUUCUCAAAAGUUGAAGUUGAGAAGAAGGUAUUGCUCGAACAGUAUGAAAAUCAUAGGAAGGAGGAGACGGCAACGCUGUCAGAGCUUGACAACACCGUCUCAGAGAAGAUAACACAUGCAGAGCAGUCUCUGCGGAGGACAGAGAUAACGCCUGAAGAACAAUCUCCGUGGAGGACUGAAGUUGAUAACACGUUCUCGGAGAAGCUAACACACGCAGAACAAUCUCUGGGGAGGACAGAACUUGACAACAAGUUCUCAGAGAAGAUAGCACAUGCAAAACAAUCUGUGAGGAGGAUGAAGCAGGAUGACAAGUCCUUUACCAUCCUUCGCAAGUCAGUUGGCUCGUUCCUUGAGUGUGGCUCCGAUGAUGAUUUUGACCUUAACGAUGACUAACAUUUCUGCUUGUACAGCAUACUUGUAAAUCAAUAAAGUUUUCAAAUAAAUAUAUGUACUUCUUAUGUUUCAUAUUGUAAGACUUGUUAACCUUGUCUAGA